AUGGUUAAAAGAAAUAUUAGAUAUAGUUCAAAUAAUAAUAAUAUUAAUUGUGUAAGCAAUGAUAUAAGUAAUUUAAAUCACAUUGAAUUUGAUUUUGAAAAUUAUGAUUUGAAUAAUAGUGAUGAUAUUUCUGAAAUAAAAACAAUUCUUCAAAAAACUAAUAAAAUUAAUUGUGAAGAUGUAGUAUUAGUUUUACCAAAACCAAUUAAUGCACCAAAAGAAUAUAUAAGUAAAUUUUUUGUUUUAUCUUGCAAAUCACAAAAUACUAUGAUUGAUUCUCCAAUCGUAAAGAAACAAAUAGGUCAAGUUAGAAAAUACGUUUAUUAUUAA